AUGGCUGAAGCACUUGUAUUCUUCCUUGUAGAGCAGUUGGGUUCCAUCAUCUUCCAACAGGUGGAACAAAAUGUGAGACUUGUUGUGAAUGUCGAAAAAGAAGUACGAAACCUUACCCUCAACCUCGAAGCUAUUCUAGCUGUGCUCACGGAUGCAGAGAGGAGGCAAGUGAAGGAGGACAGCGUGAGACGCUGGCUCAACAAUCUGAAACAAGUGUCGUGCGAGAUAGACGAUGUGGUGGACGAGUGGAGCACUGAAAUCCUGAAACAACAAAUUGAGAAACAAGGUGAAAAUGCUGUUGUUGUACCUAAGAAGAAGCAAAAAUUUUAUAAGUUUUUGCAAAGUAAAACAGAAUUUGAGCAACCUGAACGAUUGAAAAGUUUCUCAAUUGUCGAUAAAACUGGGACAUUUGGUAGAGAAUACGAAAGGAAUAAACUGGUAAGCCAGUUAGUGAGUGAGAAUAGUGAAGAAAGAAAAUUGCAUCUUGCCAUAUCUGUUGUAGACCCCUUUGUACAAAUCACAGUUGCCAAAGCCAUCCUUGAGGGUCUUAAAGUAAAAGACCCGAAGUCAAAUGAGUUAGAAACUUAUCUUCAACAUAUAUCUAACUCCAUUGAGGGCAAGAAGUUCCUUCUUGUCCUAGAUGAUGUUUGGGACUCAAACCAUAGAAAGUGGGAGCCAUUCUUGACAACAUUACAGUGUGGUGGCUCAGGGAGUAGAAUUUUGGUUACAACACGAAUAGCGCAAGUUGCUAGUACACUGGGAGCAACUAGUGACCGCACAAUCCAUUUGAAGGAGUUGGGUGAAGAAAAUUGUCGGUCAUUGUUCUAUCACAUUGCAUUUUUUGAUGGUGGAAGAAAGGAGUCUAAAAAGUUUGAAGACAUUGGUAAUGAAAUCGUGAAAAAGUGCAAAGGUUUGCCUCUUGCUGCUAGGACUUUGGGUAGUCUAAUGCGGUGUAAGAAAACAGUGCAGCAAUGGGUAGAUGUUUUGAAUAAUUAUAGGAUUGUGAAAGAUGAGUUGAUUGAGCUGUGGAUGUCACAAGAUUAUCUUGAAGUGAAAGGAGGAAACCAAGAAAAGAAAAUAGUUGGUCAAUGGUGUUUUGAGAACUUAGUAAUGCAGUCUUUCUUUAAAGAUAUUGAGGAAGAUCUAGAGGGGAAUAUUAGAAGUUGUAAAAUGCAUGACAUUGUGCAUGAUUUUUUGCAAUAUUUGACCAAGGAUGAAUGUUUUAGUAUGGUGGUCAAGGGUGCUAAUGAGAGAAUGGAGUUACCGGGUGAUGAGGUCCGUCAUUUGUCUUUAAUGUUUGCACCCAAGGGUCCAUUUCCUGUUUCUUUUCUCAACUGUAAGAGUUUACGCACUCUCACAACUUUUGAAUCAGAACUUACUAGCUACACCAAUGAAUUAAUUUCUCAAUCAAAAAGCCUUAGAACUUUGAAUCUGAGUAAAAACUCGAUUCUAGAAGUUCCAAAGGAGAUUGGUGGAUUGAUACAUUUGAGAUAUCUGGAUUUGUCUCAUAACCGUGAAUUGAAGGAAUUGCCUGACAGUUUAUGUGAUUUAUACAAUCUGCAAACCUUGCGACUUGUCAAGUGCUGUGAACUCGUCAAAUUUCCUGAUGAAGAGGCAAUGAGAAAGCUAACUAAGUUAAAGCAUCUUUAUGUCGAGGGUUCCCCUCAUGUCAAAUCAAAAGGAAUACGGAGUUUAACUGGUCUGCAAAAGCUAGAUGUAUUUCAUCUAAAUGGUUAUAAAGGUGCCGACAAAGAAGGGACGUUGAAGUUGCAAGAUUUGAAAAACUUGAACCAACUUGAAGGGAGUCUUUCCAUUGCACACUUGGAAUCUGUGGAAGAUGCGAGUGAGGGUGUAAAGGCAUGUUUGAGUGAGAAACAUCUCCUUCAUCAUCUGAAACUAGAUUUCGCAUGUUUCGAUGGAUGGCAUGUGCCAGAGAGAAAAGGGACGGGACAUAAUGAUAGGGAAAUACUAAAUGCAUUGCAACCACAUGGAGAUUUGGAAUCAUUGAGCAUCAUCAGCGGUCUGGCUACUUGUUUCAGUUGUUUGUGUCCCAAUUGGAUCUUGUCUUUACAUAAGUUGACAAGGCUUGAGCUUCAGUACUUCCGUAAUUGUGAGCUGCUUUCGGGUCCAUUUGGGAGAUUGCCGUCACUUGAAUCAUUUGCAGUUGGGGGGAUGGGCAAAGUGAAAAAGGUGGGAGUCGAGUUUUUGGGACUUGACUCCUCCUCCUCGUCUUGUCUCACUUUAUUUCCAAAAUUGAAAAACCUCGAGUUCGCUGAAAUGCCCAGGUGGGAACAGUGGGAAGGAGUGGGAGGGUAUUUUCAGAAUAAUAUUACCAUAAUGCCCUCGCUGUCUCGCUUACGUUUUUAUCGGUGCUCGAAACUUGGUACGCUGCCCGACUUCCUGCACAAGACACCACUACAGAGUGUGACCGUCGAGCAUUCUCCAUUUCUGACGCCCAAAACAAGUGAGGAGUGGGCCAAGAUUUCUCACUCCCCACACAUCCAACGUUGUAAGAUUGACAUGAAGUUUGCUGACAUCUGA